CAAACGUUUUCGUCAUCAAGAAUGUCUUCAAGAACAAGCUGGACCAAAGUGUUGUUAAAUCUGGAAAACGGCACCAUACUAACACGCACCCCAUUUCAUUGGCUGUUGCUCUUAAUCUUCUAUACAAUAUUUUUCUCUGGCAUAUUCGCCUUAUGGUUUCUAUGCUAUGGGAUUUUUGAGAUGUCUCUAACACCACAAAGAUCUAAAUGGCUUCUAACGCAACCGGGUUUCAGUUUUGAACCAGCAACAACUUUUCGUGAGAAUUAUUUGAAAAUUGAGUAUCAUGAGAAAACCCUAAAAGAAGUGGGCGGUUUGGUGGAUCAUAUUAAUAAAGCUCUAGGAAAGUAUGGGCAAAUACCAGAGGAAUAUUUUGGUGAAUGUCAUAAUCAUAAUUAUUACGGCUAUAGACAAGGCAAACCUUGUAUUUUUCUUAAGAUAAAUCGUAUAAUUGGAUUUAAAACUUUAGCGCUAGAGAGUAUAAACGAUUUGCCUCAGGAUGCUCCGCAGGAAUUGCUGGAAUAUUUGGAAAAUAUACCCCAACAACAACUUAAACAGCACAUAUGGAUUUCCUGCGACUCCAGACCUUCAGUUAAGUUUAUGUAUUAUCCUCAGCGUUUUUAUAAAAUUUCCGAGGUGGAUUUUGUUUCUGUUGUAAACCAUUCGAAUGGUUUUUAUAAUGAGAGUGAUUUUAAACGUAUUAUAGCAGUACAACUUGAUAAUAUUUCCUUAAAUGUUAAACAUCAUAUACGCUGUUUUCUCUGGGCUAAAAAUAUUGUAAGAGAUCUAAGAGGGAAAAUGGGCAGAGGUUUAGUGCGUUUUAGUUUGGAAAUUAAACUUUAA